AUGGAGAUCAACAGCCUCUUCGACGUCAGAGGCAAGGUCGUCCUGGUCACAGGAGGAGCCCGAGGCAUCGGCCGCAUGAUCUCGGAAGGCUUCGUGACCAACGGCGCCAAGGUGUACAUCGCCUCCCGGGACGCCAAGGCCUGCGAGACGGCCGCCCGCGAGCUCACCUCGCUCGGCCCGGGGUCCGCCCACGCCAUCCCCGCAGACCUGCUCAAGCUCUCCGAGUGCGAGAAGCUGGCGGCCGAGCUAUCAAGGCGGGAGAAGGAGCUGCACAUCCUCGUCAACAACAGCGGCGCGACCUGGGGAGCGCCCCUGGACGAGUUCCCCGACGCCGCGUGGACAAAGGUGCUCACGCUCAACCUCCAGCGCGUCUUCACCCUGACCCAGCUGCUCCUCCCGCUGCUCCAGGUGCCCGGCCAGAAGUCCGCGUCCUCGCCGCGCAGGGACAGCCCCGCGACCGUCAUCAACAUCGGGAGCAUCGACGCCCUGCGCGUGCCGCUCAUCGAGAGCUACUCGUACUCGGCGGCCAAGGCCGGGCUGCACCACCUCACGCGCGUGCUCUCGCAGAAGCUGGGGCCCCAGGGCAUCACGGUCAACACGCUCGCCUGCGGGCCCUUUGAGACCAAGAUGAUGGCGCACACCCUCGAGAACAUGCGCGGGGUGAUCGAGGAGGGCAACCCGAUGGGCAGGAUCGGGCUGCCGGGGGAUGUCGCGGGGGCGUGCUUGUUCCUGGGCAGUCGUGCGGGCUCGUACGUCAACGGCGCGACGCUGAACAUUGACGGCGGUGUACACUUGGCUGCCAAGAUGUGA